AGAACACGAGAAGCUCUUCAUGUCUCCAAUCAACUCUUAUCUAUAUCAGUGAUAAACUGCACACUGCACGGCCAAGCGGUACUUAAUAAUCGAUUAUUUUGACGUUUUGUUCUAAAAUUAUCAUAAUUCGGAGAUGCAAGUGCUCGCAUGCAAUUCUGGGCAUCUCCAAUCUCAUGCAAUCAGUGUUUUAAGUCGCCUCAUAGGUCGGCGCGAGCUCUGCUUCGACGUGUGCUCUCACUCACAGCCUCACCACAAUGAUUCUCACAAAAACACCAUUCUUUCACAACCCAAUACCAUUCAAAGGUGUCACUCAAAGAAUUUGGACAGAGUAAUGUGCAACAAUGUUCUGGUCACAACUCGGCGGAUUUUAGUUGCAAGUUUGUUCAUGUACUCGUGUUAUCAUCCUUCAAGGUACUCAUCAGCUCUAGCUUUGGGGGAUCCAUCUGUGACAGUUGAAGAAGUAACUCCUCCUGUUUAUCCUUCUGGCUCACUCUACCCUGUUGAGGAAAGAAUUGUCCAACUCUUUGAGAAGAACACAUACUCUGUUGUGAACAUUUUUGAUGUGACAUUGCGUCCUCAACUUAAUGUAACUGGUGUGGUUGAGAUUCCCGAAGGAAACGGUUCUGGUGUAGUUUGGGAUGGACAAGGGCACAUUGUAACAAAUUAUCAUGUAAUUGGUAAUUCCCUCUCUAAAAAUCCAAGCCCAGGACAGGUUGUUGCACGAGUUAAUCUUCUAGCAUCAGAAGGGGUACUAAAGAGUUUUGAGGGUAAAUUGAUUGGUGCUGAUCGUGCAAAGGAUCUUGCCGUCUUAAAGGUAGAAGCCUCUGAAGAUCUGUUGAGGCCAAUUAAGGUGGGGCAAUCAUCUUCUCUAAAAGUUGGGCAGCAGUGUUUAGCAAUUGGGAAUCCAUUUGGUUUUGAUCAUACCCUUACUGUUGGAGUCAUCAGUGGACUGAAUCGAGACAUUUUCAGUCAAGUUGGAGUCACAAUUGGUGGAGGAGUUCAAACAGAUGCUGCCAUUAAUCCUGGGAACAGUGGUGGUCCUCUUCUAGAUUCCAAAGGAAAUUUGAUUGGUGUUAAUACCGCAAUAUUUACUCAGACAGGUACAUCAGCAGGUGUUGGUUUUGCCAUCCCUUCCUCAACUGUAAGCAAGAUUGUACCUCAGUUAAUCCAAUUUGGAAAAGUUGUUCGAGCUGGUUUAAAUUUGGAUAUUGCUCCAGACCUGGUUGCCAAUCAACUUAAUGUUCGGAAUGGAGCACUUGUCUUACUGGUUCCUGGAAAUAGUCUUGCAGCAAAGGCUGGGCUACUACCAACCACAAGGGGUUUUGCUGGUAACAUAGUACUCGGGGAUAUCAUUGUUGCAGUUGACAACAAAUCUGUUAAAAGCAAAGCAGAGCUGUACAAAGUGUGGGAUGACUAUAAUGUGGGUGAUAAAGUAGUCUUGAAGAUUCUGAGGGGCAGUGAAAAUGUGGAGAUACCUAUUGUAUUAGAGGAAAAGAAUUCGUGACUAGGUAAGUCGAUAAUCAUAUUGAUCCUUACAAGUACUAUUUUUUCAACUUGUUCUGUAUAAAGAGAAAAGAAUCAUGCUGUAAUUUUAAUGUCAAGUAAGCAAGUGUUGUAC